CUCAUCAAAAACUCGUCGAUUAUAUAAGGAGACGCGAGCGAGUUUUCCUUCUGCACUUACUCAGGAUCAACAGCACGCGCUCAUUCUAAACAAAUCUGCUAUUCUUCAGUCUUAUCUGACACGAUGCCUCCCUACACACUCACAUACUUCGCUGUUAAAGGCAGAUGCAGUGCCUUGAAGAUUAUGCUGGCGGACCAAGGGCAACAGUUGAAGGAGAACCUGGUGACCUUUGAUGAUUGGAUGAAGGGUGAUAUAAAAAAAUGCUGUGUUUUUGGACAGUUGCCCAAGUUUGAAGAUGGUGACUUGGUCUUGUUUCAGUCCAAUGCCAUGUUAAGGCAUUUGGGUCGCAAACAUGGUGCAUAUGGAAAGAACGACUGCGAGGCAGCUCUUAUUGACAUGAUGAAUGAUGGGGUAGAAGAUCUGCGCCUAAAAUAUAUCAAGAUGAUCUACCAGGAAUAUGAGACCGGCAAAGAAGCUUACAUCAAAGAUCUGCCAAAUCAUCUCUCAAAAUUUGAAGCCUUUAUGGCCAAAAACAAAUCUGGAUUCCUGGUUGGCGAUAAGAUCUCCUUUGCAGACUACAAUCUGUUUGACCUUCUGCUGAAUCACAAAGUCCUUUCCCCCACCUGCUUGGACACAUUCCCUACUCUCAAGGCUUUUGUGGACACAUUGUCUGCUCGUCCUAAAAUCAAGGCCCUCCUGGAGUCUGAUGACUUUAAGAAACUUCCAAUCAAUGGCAAUGGCAAACAGUGAUUUAUCAACACUUUCAUAGAUUCAUUCUCAAAACUAUGGUACCCACUGCUAAAAGGCCUUAACUGGUGCUCUGUGAUUAGCAAAAUUUCCAAUGUCUUUGUAUGAAAAUAUAUUUUGUAUGUUUAACUGUUUUGAUGGUUUUUACUAACUGAUGUCUUUGUAAGAGUUACAACAAAAAAGCAACAUUAAAACUUGUGAAUGGUU